UGUCGGGGCUUAGGAGCUUCCCGGGGGCGGAAGCUGCCAUGUCGGAGGGCGAGAAACUCAACUUGGACUCUAUCAUCGGGCGGCUGCUGGAAGGUGACAUCCAUGGGCAGUUUUCGAGUAUGGGGGGGGGGCUUCCCGCCUGAGAGCAGCUACGUCUCCCUGGGCGACUAUGUGGACCGGGGCAAGCAGUCGCUGGAGACCAUCGGCCUCCUGCUGGCCUACAAGAUCAAGUACCCCGAGAACUUCUUCCUGCUACGGGGAAACCACGAGUGCCCCAGCAUCAACCCCAUCUACAGCUUCUACAAUGAGUGCAAGAGGCGCUACACAUCAAGCUGUGGAAGACGUUCACCGACUGCUUCAACUGCCUGCCCAUCGCCGCUAUUGUGGACAAGAAGAUCUUCUGCUGCCAUGGAGGUGUGGGAGGGGCCGCAGGGUGUGGGGGGCAGUGCCCCGUGCCCCUGUCCCUGGGAGGGAGGGAGACAGCACAGCGGGGUGUUGCAGGAAUGCCAAUGUGGGCUUUGUCCAGUGGAGGGCGCUGCUGGGGAAGGCAGAGGGUGCUAGGCACCUUGGGGCUGGGGGCACUUGAUCAGG